AUGUCCAUAAUUCCAACUGCUCCUGUCUCUUUCCCAAUUGAAUCUACCGGUGAUAGGUUAGUAACCCUAGAACUGCAAGAUGGGACUGCUUUACAGGGUUAUUCAUUUGGUGCUGAAAAAUCUACCGCUGGUGAACUGGUCUUCCAAACUGGUAUGGUUGGCUAUCCUGAAUCAAUAACAGAUCCAUCUUACGAAGGGCAAAUCUUGGUCAUCACCUAUCCGUUGGUUGGCAACUAUGGUGUACCCGAUUUUUCUCUGGAAGAUGAAAUUGUUGAGCAAUUACCUCGCUAUUUCGAAAGCAAUAGAAUCCACGUAGCUGGUUUAGUUAUUGCCCACUACACCGAAAAAUACUCUCAUUUCCUAGCUAAGUCUUCCUUGUCGCAGUGGUUGAAAAAAGAAGGGAUUCCAGCCGUUUACGGUAUUGAUACUAGGAACUUGACCAAACAUUUGAGAGACUCGGGUUCAAUGUUAGGUAGGCUUGCUUUGCAAAGUCCGGGAACAGACUCUUUUGAAGCUACUCAAGCCAACUGGAUGUCACACUUUGACAUCCCUGAAUGGGUUGACCCAAACGUCGAAAAUCUGAUUGCCAAGGUAUCCACGAAGGAACCAAAGUUAUAUUUGCCUCCAACUGACAAUGAAUAUGUGAAGUUGCAAAAAGGGCCAGAUGGGAAAACCUUGAGAAUAUUGGCAAUUGAUGUUGGUAUGAAGUAUAACCAAAUCCGUUGUUUUGUCAAGAGAGGUGUAGAACUUCUAGUCGUUCCAUGGGAUUACGAUUUUACCGAAGAACAAUAUGAUGGUUUAUUUAUCUCGAACGGUCCAGGUGAUCCAGCGAUCUUAAAUGAUCUGGUGAAGAGAUUAUCUUCUGUAAUUGAAUCUAAGAAGACACCUAUUUUCGGUAUCUGUCUUGGUCACCAACUUAUGGCCAGAGCUACGGGGGCGGAAACCUUAAAAUUACAGUUUGGUAACCGUGGUCAUAACAUCCCCUGUACGUCUACUAUCAGUGGUCGUUGUUACAUCACUUCUCAGAACCAUGGGUUUGCUGUCGACGUCGACACUCUGUCCAAUGGCUGGAAGCCAUUGUUCACGAAUGCCAACGACAACUCUAAUGAAGGUAUAUAUCACUCUGAACUUCCAUUCUUUUCCGUUCAAUUCCAUCCUGAAUCUACGCCAGGGCCAAGAGACACCGAGUUCCUGUUCGAUGUUUUCAUUCAAUCUGUUAAAGAGUUCAAGGAAACUGGUGCCUACAAACCUGUGGACUUCCCAGGGGGUAAGAUUGCUGACAACCUUGCUGCCCACCCACUUGUUGAGUCCAAAAAGGUGUUGGUUCUGGGUUCCGGUGGUCUGUCCAUUGGUCAAGCCGGUGAAUUUGACUACUCCGGUUCUCAAGCUAUAAAGGCUUUAAAGGAGGAAGGUAUCUACACAAUUUUGAUCAAUCCAAACAUUGCUACCAUCCAAACUUCUAAGGGUCUUGCCGACAAGGUUUACUUCCUGCCCGUCACCCCUGAAUUUGUCAGAAAGGUCAUCUUGCAUGAACGUCCUGAUGCAAUUUAUGUCACGUUCGGUGGUCAAACUGCUUUGUCAGUUGGUAUUGCGAUGAAAGACGAGUUUGAAUCUCUCGGCGUAAAGGUUCUAGGUACGCCAAUCGAGACGAUUAUUACCACCGAGGAUCGUGAAUUAUUUUCUAAUGCAAUCGACGAAAUUAAUGAAAAAUGCGCCAAGUCUCGUGCGGCUAACUCUUUGGAGGAAGCCCUAGAAGCUGUUGAAGAAAUCGGGUUUCCAGUCAUUGUGCGUGCUGCAUAUGCGCUAGGUGGUCUUGGUUCUGGGUUUGCCAACAAUAGACAAGAAUUGAUCGAUCUAUGUAACAUUGCAUUCGCGUCUUCGCCACAGGUUUUGGUUGAAAGAUCCAUGAAGGGGUGGAAGGAAGUUGAGUAUGAAGUUGUUCGGGACGCCUUUGACAACUGUAUCACCGUCUGUAACAUGGAAAAUUUUGAUCCUUUGGGUAUCCAUACUGGUGAUUCCAUCGUCGUUGCCCCAUCUCAAACUUUAUCUGAUGAAGACUACAACAUGCUAAGAACAACCGCAGUGAAUGUCAUCAGACACUUGGGCGUCGUUGGUGAAUGUAACAUCCAAUACGCAUUGAAUCCAUUUUCCAAAGAGUAUUGCAUUAUCGAAGUUAACGCUCGUCUGUCUCGGUCCUCUGCUUUGGCUUCGAAGGCCACUGGCUAUCCCUUGGCUUACACAGCUGCAAAAUUAGGUUUGAAUAUUCCAUUGGACAAGGUCAAGAACUCCAUCACCCAGUCUACAUGUGCUUGUUUUGAGCCAUCUUUAGAUUAUUGUGUUGUCAAGAUGCCAAGAUGGGAUUUGAAAAAGUUCAGCAGAGUUUCCACCUUAUUGUCAUCAUCCAUGAAGUCUGUUGGUGAAGUGAUGAGUAUAGGCAGAACGUUUGAAGAAGCAAUUCAGAAGGCUAUCAGAUCCACCGAAUACUCUAACUUAGGUUUCAACGAAACCGAACUAGAUAUUGACAUUGAUGCAGAAUUGAACAACCCUUCCGAUUUGAGAGUAUUCGCUAUUGCUAAUGCUUUCCGUAAAUUGGGUUAUUCUGUCGAAAAGGUUUGGGAAAUGACGCAUAUUGAUAAAUGGUUUUUAAACAAAUUGUACAAUUUGACUGCCUUCGCCAAAAAAGUUGCUGAUAUCGGAGCCAUCGAAGAAUUAUCUUCUGAUGUCAUGAGGGAGGCAAAACAGCGUGGUUUCGAUGAUAGACAAAUUGCAAAGUUCUUAAACUCCAAUGAAGUUGCUAUUCGUCGUCUAAGAAAAGAGAUGGGUAUUACACCAUUUGUCAAACAAAUUGACACAGUCGCCGCUGAGUUUCCCGCUCAUACCAACUAUUUGUACAUGACUUACAGUGCAUCGGCUAACGAUCUAGACUUUAAUGAUCAUGGUGUCAUGGUUUUGGGUUCUGGUGUUUACCGUAUUGGUUCAUCUGUUGAGUUUGAUUGGUGUGCCGUUACUGCUGUCAGAACUCUCCGGGCCAACAAAUAUAAGACUAUCAUGAUCAACUACAACCCUGAAACUGUAUCUACAGAUUACGAUGAGGCUGAUAGAUUGUAUUUCGAAACAAUCAGUCUGGAAAGAGUGUUAGAUAUCUAUGAAAUUGAACAAUCUGAAGGUGUUGUGGUUUCCAUGGGUGGCCAAACUUCAAACAAUAUCGCUAUGUCUUUGCAUCGUGAGAACGUUAAGAUUCUCGGAACAUCUCCAGAUAUGAUUGACUCUGCUGAGAACCGUUUCAAGUUUUCUCGUAUGUUGGACCAAAUCGAUGUUGAUCAGCCGGCAUGGAAAGAACUGACAUCCAUGGAUGAGGCCGAAGACUUUGCCAACAAAGUUGGCUACCCGGUCUUGGUUCGUCCUUCGUAUGUGCUUUCUGGUGCGGCUAUGAAUACUGUAUACUCCAAGAACGACUUGGAAGCUUACCUGAAGCAAGCUGUAGAGGUUUCUCGUGACUACCCCGUUGUGAUCACGAAAUACAUUGAGAACGCGAAGGAAAUUGAGAUGGACGCAGUGGCCAGAAAUGGUGAACUAGUCAUGCACGUGGUCUCUGAACACGUGGAGAAUGCAGGUGUUCACUCUGGUGAUGCUACGCUGAUCGUUCCUCCCCAAGAUUUGGCUGCUGAAACCGUUGACAGAAUUGUUGUCGCUACUGCCAAAAUUGGGAAAGCAUUGAAAAUUACUGGUCCUUACAACAUUCAAUUCAUUGCGAAGGACAAUGAAAUCAAAGUGAUAGAAUGUAAUGUCCGUGCCUCUCGUUCGUUCCCAUUUAUCUCGAAGGUUGUCGGGGUUAACCUGAUUGAACUGGCGACAAAGGCCAUCAUGGGUAUUCCGUUUGAUCCUUAUCCAGUUGAGAAGUUACCCGAUGAUUAUGUUGCUGUUAAGGUUCCUCAGUUUUCUUUCCCACGUUUGGCUGGUGCUGACCCUGUUUUGGGUGUUGAAAUGGCCUCCACUGGUGAGGUCGCCACAUUUGGUCAUUCCAAAUAUGAGGCAUACCUGAAAUCUCUCCUAGCUACAGGCUUCAAACUGCCUAAAAAGAACAUUCUUUUGUCUGUGGGUUCCUUUAAGGAAAAACAGGAGCUGCUUCCAUCAAUUGAAAAAUUACAUAACAUGGGUUACAAGCUGUUUGCAACUGCCGGUACAGCUGACUUCAUUUCUGAACACAACAUGCCUGUCCAGUAUUUGGAAGUUUUGAACAAGGGCGACGACGAAAAGUCGGAGUACUCUUUGACUCAGCAUCUCGCUAACAAUAACAUUGACUUAUACAUCAAUCUACCCUCUGCUAACAGAUUCCGUAGACCUGCAUCCUACGUUUCUAAGGGGUACCAAACUCGUCGUAUGGCUGUUGAUUAUUCCGUUCCUUUGGUCACUAACGUAAAAUGUGCAAAGCUGUUAGUUGAAGCGUUAUCAAGACACUUUACCCUUGACGUGUCUGAGCGUGAUGCCCAAACCUCUCAUAGGACUGUUACCAUUCCAGGUUUGAUAGAUGUUGCCACGUACGUUCCAAAUUCCUCCAAUUUAACGAAAGGCCCAGAGGAACUGAACGAGAUUUCUAGGUUGUACUUGGAAUCUGGUUUCACAUUCAAUCAGAUCAUUCCACGGUCCAUCAGCGGGCCAACUAUCAGAGAUGUUGUGUCUUUGAAAGCUGCUAAGGUAUCAUGCGAAGACUCUUCGUACACGAAUUACUCUUUUGCCGUCGCAGGAACUCCAAACAACAUUAAUGUUGUUGGUGCGACUGCUGAACAAGUCAGCGCAUUGUUUUUACCUCAUCGUGAGCUAAAAAACAAAAUUACAGCUGUUGCAAAGUUGUUAAAGACAUGGCCAAACAGUAAGCAAGUUAUUGCUGAGGCUAAAACUUCUGAUUUAGCUUCCGUCUUGCUAUUAGCCUCGUUACAAGAUAGACCAAUCCAUAUCACAGGUGUUGCGAACAUGGAUGAUCUAUCUUUGAUCAUGACGGUGAAGGAAAAGGACCCAAGAGUAACAUGUGAUGUCAACGUCUACUCUAUGUUCAUCACCGAGGAGCAAUAUCCAGAGGGUGUCUUCCUUCCAACAGAGAAAGACCAAGAGUUUUUCUGGGAAAAUUUGGAGUCAAUUGACUGUUUCUCCAUUGGGAUGCUACCAACGUCUCUAGCAACGAUUACUGGUAACAAGGUUGAUGUUGGCUUAGGUAUCAAAGAUGCCCUACCUUUGCUACUUUCUGCCGUCGAAGAAGGAAAAUUGACAAUUCAAGAUAUCAUUACUCGUUUGCACGACAACCCAGUGAAGAUCUUCAACAUCCCAGAACAGGAUGCACUUGUUGAGAUUGACUUGGACUACCAAGUUAACCAUACCAAGAGAUGGUCGCCAUACACGAAAGGCUUUUUAGCUGGUGGUAUCGAGCGUGUUGUUAUCAACAAUGAAACAUGUGUCUUGAGCGGGGAGUUGAUUGCAUUGAAACCAGCAGGCACAGCUGUGAUAACCGAGCCAGUUGCAGAAACUCCAGCGGAAGCACCAACCCCACUUGCAACCAAAAGAUUCUCCGUUUCUGGGGAAAGACCAAAAAUCUUUGAAAGUGUUGAGAUGGCAGAAGACGCCAUUGUGGAACCAAGUUUGGAACAAAGAUUGAUGUCUUCUAAGCCUCCAAGAGAACUUACUGCCCCAACUGCCCUACAGAAUUUGAUCCGUGGGAACAACCCAUUCAAGGGCAGACAUAUUCUGUCCAUCAAGCAGUUUACCCGUUCUGAUUUCCAUGCUUUAUUUGCAGUUGCACAGGAAUUGCAAGCUGCGGUUGCAAGGGAGGGUGUUUUGGAUUUGAUGAAGGGUCAUGUUUUGACUACUAUCUUCUACGAACCUUCCACCCGUACUUGCUCUUCGUUUAUUGCUGCUAUGGAAAGACUGGGUGGUAGGGUUGUAAACAUCAAUCCAAAUGUCUCUUCGGUCAAGAAGGGAGAAACGUUGCAAGACACCAUUAGAACUUUGGCUUCGUAUGCAGACGCUAUUGUCCUUCGUCACCCAGAUGAAAUGUCGGUCCAUAUUGCCGCGAAAUAUUCCCCAAUCCCAAUUUUGAACGCUGGUAAUGGUUCUCGUGAACACCCAACCCAAGCGUUCUUGGAUCUGUUCACCAUCCGUGAAGAAAUCGGUACUGUCAAUGGUAUCACUGUUACCUUUAUGGGUGACUUGAAGCACGGUAGAACAGUCCACUCAUUAUGCCGUUUGUUGAAGCACUACCAAGUGAGAAUUAACUUGGUUUCCCCUAAGGAAUUGAGACUACCUGACUUGUUGAGACAAGAGUUGUUAGAUGCCGGUAUGCUGGGCGUUGAAAGUGUUGAUUUAUCUCCGGAAAUCAUCUCAAAAUCCGAUGUCCUGUACUGUACCAGGGUUCAAGAAGAGAGAUUUGUCAACAAGAAGGACUACGAGCGCUUAAAGGACGCAUACAUCGUAGACAACAGAAUAUUGGCGUAUGCUAAGGAGCACAUGGCUAUUAUGCAUCCUUUGCCUCGUGUCAACGAAAUUAAGGAAGAAGUUGAUUACGACCACCGUGCUGCCUACUUCAGACAAAUGAAAUACGGUCUAUAUGUCAGAAUGGCACUAUUGGCCAUGGUUUUGGGGGUUGAAUGA